AUGGUCAAGACGUUCUCCUUCCAAGACAUCCAGGUCAACUCGCCCGGCUUCGGCGCCAUGGGCCUCAGCUUCGGCCUCGGGAGCAACCUCACCCUCGAGGAGGCCGAGCCCGUGCUCCUGAAGGCCAUCGAGCUUGGCUGCACCUUUUGGGACACCGCCGUCGUCUACCAGGCCGGCGUCAACGAGAAGCUCCUGGGCGACUUCAUCCGGAAACACAACGUCCGCGACAAGGUUUUCAUUGCCUCCAAGUGCGGCUUCGCCGUCUUUGAGCAAGGCAUGGCCGUCACCAACUCCGCCUCCCACAUCAAGAAGUACAUCGACGGCACCAUCGAAAGGCUCGGGUUCACCCCGGACCUCUACUACCUCCACCGCAUCGACCCCAACACGCCCCUCGAGGAGUCCAUCCCAGCCCUCGACGAGAUCCGCAAGGCCGGCAAGACAAAGUACAUCGGCCUCUCCGAGUGUUCAGCCGCCACUCUCCGCAAGGCGAACUCCAUCGCCAAAAUCGACGCCGUCCAGGCGGAAUACUCAGCCUUCGAAACAAUUCACGAGACCGACGGGCUGAUCGAGACGGCCAGGGAGCUCGGCGUCGCCUACGUCGCCUACAGCCCGCUUGGCCACGGCUGGCUCGUCGACGACUUCCGUUUCAAGAGCCCCGAUGACUUUGCCCCCGAUGAUUUCCGGCGCGGAAGCCCCAAGUUCCAAGGCGAAAACUUUUACAAGAACAAGGCCAUCGUUGACGAGAUCAAGAAGCUCGCUGCCCGAAAGGGGUGCAGCCUGCCGCAGAUUGCCCUCGCCUGGGUCGCCGCCCAGGGCAUGAUCCCCAUCCCCGGCACGACCAAGGCCAAGCGACUCGAGGAGAACUGGGCGUCGAGGGACAUCGACCUGAGCGAGGAGGAGAAGGGGGAGAUGCGGCGCAUCAUCGACGCGGCGAAGCCGCAUGGAAACAGAUACAACCCGACACAGCAGGCCAUGGUGGGGCACUAG